UGUUGUGCAAAAGAUAUAAGCAAAAAAUAUUUGUAAUCCAUUGGAAAACAAGUCUUAUACAUUGUAGAACAAACAAGGUAAUGUAUAGAUCAAGGCUGAUUUUCAAAUAAUCGCGCACUCAUAGGUGCAAGCCUGAACGGUAGAAGACGGAAACAUUAUGCAACUAUAGGAACGGGAAAUUUAAAAAUAGAAAAAAAAAUUGAUCUUAAUAAUUAUUUUCACGUACGUAGAACAUAAUAUCAAAAUAUUUUUUGUUGUUUAAAAUAGUUCAUUAAUUCUAAAAACUUCAUUAUGGGGUAAAACAUUUGUUGAAAGAGUGGCGAAACAAUUCAGUGCAUAUAUAAAACACAGAAAUGGCGCCGACGGGGAAGGGAGAGUCGAGCAUGCGCAUUAGAGUGUAUCGGGCAAAGAGGGCGCUGGUAGCGGUGGAGUGGUGGCGUGUGGGGCUAGCUCGGGUGCUCGGGUCGCUGCUAGGAGGCACUCGGGAGGCAGGGAGGGCAUGCGAACGGAGGCAGCCGUUCAGUGUCGCCAUUGCAGCUCUCCCGUGCGGUUGUUCGCUCCGCGAGCUCUGUGGCGAGUGGAGCUUGAUCACCUUGAGCCAAGCCUCCGCGAGGGCUGAGCGCGCUACCCCCGAUGCAGAGACACUGCUGCGAGCUCACCGAUAGAUUAUUGCAAUCCGUUGACCAGGAAUACAAUGUUGUUAAUAUGCAAGUCGUUUUGGAAGUCAUCCAAGCACUGGAGAGAGUCGCUAUUACCAAAGAGGUGCUUGAAGCUACUAGACUCGGAAAACACAUCAAUGAUUUGCGUAGGAAAACCAACGAUGAAAGAUUAGCCAAGAGAGCGAAAGACUUAGUCCGAAAAUGGAGGAAUAUGGUUAUACCAUCAGCACAACCGCAGCCUACAGUUGCUGAUACAGCACCACCAGCCCUUAAUGGGACUAACGCUCAAUGUCCUGCUUUAAGGGGUCUCAAACCACAAAGUCCAGCUCUAAAAGGUCUUAAGCCACAAAGUCCAUUAUUAAAAACUACAUCACUGAGUAGAGUGUCAAGUCCUUCCUUAUCAUUGCAUAGUGAUCAAUCCCAUUCACCAAUCGUUUCUCCAUGUAAGCCACCACAGGUUACAGCAUCAAAUAAUUGUAAGGCAAAUUUAAAUACUCCUCAUGUGGAGGGUCAACUUUAUAGUCAAAAUCAUCUGCAAGAAGCUGUACCGCGAACUCACAGUUCCAACAAGCGAUUACGAAAAGACAAUCUAAGUAGUCCUGAAGUUGAAUCUGUAAACAAGAAACAGCGCCUUAAUGGUGAAAAUGUGAGUAGUAGCAAUACAAACUCGCAAGUGCCUAGCCUCACCCUCAAAGAAAGAAAUCCAGAACUUAUUGAGCCUUCUUUGAAUACUGAAAGCAAUGUUGUUAAGAAGCGUGGUAGAAAAAAAGGCAGUAAAUCAAUUAAAAAAACAUUGUCUAAUGAAGACAUUGUCAAAGAGAAGCUAGCUAGUAUAUCAGGAAAUUCAAAAUUAAAAACAACUCAAGAGUUGUUAGCUGAUUUACAAGCUCGAGGUUCCAGUUUAAAUGCCAAUUCUGUACCUAGUCACAGUGUAAAUGCACCUAAUAUUGAUGAUGUUUUAAGGACUAAAAAUGAUGUGGAAGUUAGGAAAUAUCUUUCUGGUAAUCAAAGUUACUUGUCACAAAAAGGGGAUAUAGAGAGUAAUGUGAAACAAAAGCACAUAAAAAUAGAAGAAAGUUUUUCUAAUAUCUCUCAAAAGUAUCAUGAAUCAGACAGUUAUGAUGAAGAUACAAGGGAUUCAAUCAUUACUCCAGAGAACAAUGUGAGAUUAUCACAGGAUCUAACAGUAGAGGAAAUACUUGCCAAGUUACCGCCAAUAGAUCCUAAAUCAAUAGACUGGAAUGACGAUUACUAUGAUAAAGAGAUUGUAGUUAGCGAUAAGCUAAAAGAGGUUACUGAGGAAGAUCUUAUAAGGUUACAUACAGAAUGUGUUGAGAGUUUAAAUGGAAACUUUCAACCAAAAUUUAAUUCUUUCUCCGAAAAAAGUGACAGUGCAGAAACGUGUGAAGAAAAAGUAAAGUUUGAUGGUGUUAUUGGUUUGCAUAGGCCUUCAGAUAGCCAUAAGGACGAAAUUUUUCGAGAAUGGCAUGAAAUGCUUGCUAGGCCAAGUUCUGAUGGUCAAAUCCUCCACAUAUUGCCUUAUGUUAUUAUUGAUUAAAGUCAUUGACAUUGUUUAACUAUAAUCAUUAAAGUUCUAUCUUUUUGUAGAUAAAGUAACUUUGAUGCGUUGUAUGCGUUUAUCAUUAAAUUCAUUUGUUAUUUUGUAUUUGUCAUAUGAUACAAAUGUCUUGAUGGCAUUUUGUAUAUCAAAAGUGAAUAUUGCGUUGAGGAACGAACGUUUUACCUAUUGUAGUAGCUAUAAACGAGAAGGUUGGCGUUCUCCUAAUAAUUAUUGUGAUCAAUAAUCAUUAAAGAUAUGUAUUAUUUUUGUUGCCUUAAUGAUUAUAUUUACUUUUUCUAUCGGGCGCCAAUCAAAAUGAAGUUUGUUUUCUUUUUUUUUUCCAAUUUCAAUAUCGAAAUCACAGGAUUUUAGCGAGCAAAUUUGAGCCAAAAAUGUAUCUUUAAGUCAAUAUAAUGUUACAAACAGUUUAUACAGUCGUGCGCCCGAAUAAGAGGAAGUAUCAUGUAUCUAUAUUGUUAAGUCUAUUAAGUUAUUUUUAACACAUGUAAAGAGUAUUUAGAGAUCUGAAUAUCCUACGGAUGGAUAGAAAACUCUAAACGAAAUAAAUAAUUGCAUUCAUUACAAGUGUUCUUUGGAGAUUCACGUGAAGACUCAAGUUUCUUAACAUUGUGAAAUUCUAGCCACGACCAUAUUUGAUACACUGAUGAAUAAGUAAUUAUACAGCUUGUACACAUAAUUGCGCAGUGUAGUCUACAUCUGAAAAAACAUAACUUAUCAAACAUUGAUCUUUGUACAAAAUAAAAUACUUUUUUACGUUAAUAGAAAAACUUUUAAAGAUCAAGGAAAAUUGUUUAAUUUAGAUCGAGUCAUCUACACCUGCAAUGAAUACCUAACUGAUAUAGAUAUUAUCAAUCAAAAAUGAAUUAUUAAUUUUUGUUUGUCGAUUAUUUAUCUUUCAGAAGUGAAUAUAUAUGGAUCAGCUCAUAAUUUAAGCACUGUAUAAAUUGCUCAAUUAAAAAAAAGCAACAAAAGAAAAAACGAAAUGCAUUAGAUAAAAAAGAUGCAGUAGUAUAUUUUCUCUUUCCAAAUAUGGUGCCUUCUUACUUUGAUAAUUUUUAUACUUUACAACUGCACUGUGCUGAUGAACUCAACAACUAAGAUCGUAGAAAAUAUCAACUGAAUCUUUGCUCAGCUUCUGUACAUUAACAGUACUAAAAUUAUGGUCUAGUAUAUUUUAUCUUCUGAAAGAUAUUUUAAUUUUCAAUUCAGUUUACUAAAACAAAAUUAAUAAUAUUGAGGAAUCAUUUGCUACUUCGUAGUAUAUCGUAUAUUUACAUUGUAAAUAGCUUGAACGGUUUCCUGAUGUAUGAUAAUGAACUCAAAUGUAAAAUAAUUGUUCUACAUAUAUCUACCUUUGUUUCUUUAAUUUUUAAUUUGAAUGAAUAAAUUCUGCUAUGAUUUCUUCUGCAAACAAUUUUCAAUUUAAUGAUUAUUGAAAUAAUAAAUAACUGCGGAUUUUUCUUACAUUUAAAAUACUUAUUCAUUUACAUAUUUACCAUGAAUUAUACUGUUUUUAUAAAAGUCAACAUCAACAUAAUAUCUCAAAUCCACUUUAUAUAUGCCUUUUUUUAAAUAAAAAAUGUACUAAGAAAUUAUUUUAUAAAAUAAAGUGGUUGA